AUGAUCAAUAUUUUGUUCGAUAACGACAAAUCAAUUUCUCUUAAACUUAACAUUCAAUUGACAAAUCUUGAUGCUGAAAAGAAAAACUUUGAAAAUAUUUUGAAUUUUUCUUUCAAUCAUUUAUCAACUUCUUACUUUAACCUCAAUAUUAGUGACGAUAUUACAGAGCAACAUACAAAUAUUUUAUUUAAUAAGAUAAUAAAUGAAGGAAGUAAAUUCUCACAAAUUUGGUUAAAUAGUUCUAAUUUUGCAAGGCUUUAUGAUAUUAUAGAAGUAAAUUGCAUGGCACGCGGACAUAUCGAAACGGACAUAUGGGAUAUUUCAAUGUAA